GAAAAAAACAAAGGUUUUAAAAUCAAGAGUACGUAAUAGUAUUUUUAAGAGAUAGAAAGAGGAAAAAAUGGCUCAGCUUCAAAGGGUUGAAGGCCAAACUGAGCUCAAAUGUGAUGCUAACAAGUUUUUUGAAAUUUGGGGUCAGAACCCGCUCCUUGUAUUUAAACUGUGCCCUAAAAAAAUCCCAAAAGUUGAGCUAAAUGAGGGAGUCUUGGGAUAGAGUUGGUGCUGUCAUCACUUGGAACUAUGUCAUUGAUGAAAUUGGGGAACAUGCAAUCGUCAAGACAAGAAUUGAAGAAUGUGACAUAGAAAACAAGGUUGUAAGCUACAGCUAUCUUGGUGGACAUAUUGUGGAGCACUGCUACAAGACAGUAAAGUCGAAGAUGCAAGCAACUCCUAAGGAUGGUGGUUGCACUGUAAAGUGGACCAUUGAGUAUGAGAAGAUGAACAAGAAUGUACCUGAUGCAGAUAUUUACGUCAAUUAUCUUCUUGGCAUUGCAAAAGAUAUCGGUGCUUGUCUUUGCAAUGUUUGAUCAAUAUAAUGGCAUGUCAAUGAACAUCCCAUUUUAUCUUGUCAUGCAUGCUAGAUCAUUAUGGUUAAACAUGCAUGAUUUAUUACUAUGUUAAGUCAUGCAUUAUUGCUGCUAAUUAAGUACUAAUGGUUAUGUAUAUCACAUCCAUGCAUGUAUGUUUGGUUGCUUUAAUUUUAUAAAUAAAGAAGCUCUGUUUUAAGUGUUA